AUGUCCACAUUGAUCAACGGUAAAAAUCAAGAACAAUCAAAAGACAUUGAUGAGGAUAAAUCUGAUAAAAAACCUACAACCAGCGCAAGCAAGAAUAAUGUUGGUAAACUAGUCGAUGAAAAUAAAGCUAAAAUCACUUCUGUAUCGAUUGGCGUUGGCCGAGAUAUACCAUCACCAAAUGGAAUAAAAACAUAUGCAAAAAGCACAGUCAUCGAAGAUUCAUGUAAAUAUAAAGGUGAUUUAUAUGACGAUAAAAAGCAUGGUAUCGGUAUUUUAUCUUGGUCUGAUGGUCGAAUGUAUAAUGGCGCCUUUUUUGCUGAUAAACGACAUGGUUUUGGUACUUUUGAAACUUCAGAUCUUUCUGAAUUUAAGGGUCUUUAUCGUCAAGAUGAACGGUUUGGUCCAGGUAUUUUAAUCUAUAAAUCCAUGACAAAUGCUGAUGUAGGUUUUUGGCUCAGUGAAGAUCUUGUACGUAUUCUUCAAAGACAUCCUAAUCUUAAUUUUGAUAUUUGUAUAACUGAUAAAAAAUGUACAAAUAAAUCUUCAUUUACUAUACCUUCAUGGUAUUCACCUCAAGAAUUACUUGCAACAACCGUUGAUCUUGAUUCUAUUUUAAAAAAGAAAUCAAAUGCUUUAUUUUGCAAAAGUAUCGAAGAAGAAAAUAUUUCUUUAAAAUAUUAUUUAAUUGAUCGUUCUGAUCAAGUUGAAGAAGCUAUACAUGAAAAACGUGCACAACUUGAUGCUUAUCUAGCAAGUCUAAAUAAUGAUGAUAUAUUAAAAGAGAAAAUUUUAACGGAACACAUCGCCGAUAUCAUACCACCCAAUGAAACAUUUGAACAAAAACAAUUGUAUUAUUAUAUUAAUAAAUUUUGGCCCUUAAAACAACGAGCAACAUUUCCAAUCGAUGAAAUUUUAUCAAAUACUCGUUCUUGUUUUCCAAAUCCUGGUCCAUUGGAGAAUUCCUCAAUGUUUCUAUUCGAAUCAGCAUUUCAUGGUGAAACUAAAACUGUACGUGACCUUCUUAUGCACCAUCAAGUCUAUGUUGAUGUUUGUGAUUCUCGUGGUUUAACUGCUUUACAUCUUGCUAUCUAUAAUGUUCAAAUUAAUGUUGUAAAUCUACUUCUUGAUUUUGGUGCUAAUGUUAAUCAAUUAUCAGAUGAUGGAUUAACAUCACUCGCCAUUGCUUUUCUGCUUUACUAUGGAAAUGAUCCACAAACAACAAUGAAUACAGCUUUAGAACAUUUAGAUCCUGUUCUAAUGGCACUGAAAACAGUAUCUGUACUUGAAGCAAGACGAUCAAGUCCAAAAGAUAGAACAAUACAACAGAGUAGAGCAACAAUGAAUACUUCAAGAAAUUUAUUAAGUCGAGCAAGUACCAUCACUGAAGACAAAGUCGUAUCUUCAUCUGAAUCGAUUAAAAUAAAUGAAAUCGAAAAUAAAAAUCCUUAUGGAUACGAGCUUUCUAGUGAGCUUCGUGAACGAAUCGAAGAUGAACAUUUGCGGCAAUUGCUCCAUUCUCUCAUCAAACUUUUACUUCGUCGUGGUGCUGAUCCUUGUCUAAGCGAUUGGCCAUUGCCAGUUCUUGCACUAGCUGUUCGAGCUGGUGAUAAAGAAAUGGUUGGAUUAUUAUUAAAGAAAAAAGCUCAAGUUAAUUGUCGAUUAAGUGCAACUCGUCUUUCUUAUUUAACUCCAUUACAUAUUGCUUGUGGAUGUUUGUCAUCGAAUGCAAUUGAUAUUGCUCGACAAUUAUUACAGCACGGAGCACACGUCAAUGCAGAAUCAUCACCCGGUGGUCAAGAAUAUUUGUCACUUGCUGAACCAUUAGCUGUCGAUGCAAAUAAGCUAAAUAGAGCUACUUUACAUGGUCGUACUCCUUUACAUAUAGCAUGUACUCGUGAAGCCACGGAUGAUACAUUGUCUCUAGUUCGUCUACUUCUCGAACAUCAUGCUGAUCCAAAUGCUGUAUGUAAUGGUCAGACACCACUUUCACUUGCUAUCAUUCUUGGAAAUGAACCUUUAGUUGAUUUACUUAUUGAGCAUGACACAACAGAUCCAUCGACUUUUCUCGGAUUAGGAAAUGGAAAUGCAUUAUGUACUGUCUUAUCAACAAAUUAUGAAUCUCGAUGGACAUACGCUAAACGAUUACAAUUAAUCGAACAUUUCAUUGCAAAAAAUCCUCAAGUUCUUUACCCUGUUCGAUUUGGUCCAAAAAAUACAUUAGGAUCAUCGGUUGACUAUGCUUAUUAUUCUUUCUUUGCUGAUGCUAAAAUAUCACAAACUCCAUAUCAUUCAUUAUUACCUCAAGAACGUAUCAUUUACAAGGAAAGAAAAGAGUUACUUGUUCACAUAGCGAAACGCUUUCGAGAAGAAGUAACAAAACUUGAAGAUUUUUUACGUUUACCAACACCAAUACCCGGUUCACGUGAAACACCAAGCAGUAAUAUGUUUGUACAACGUGUUGUUUCUCGUGCUCGAUCAUUCGUGACCGAAAGAUCCGGUGACAUUAAUUCAAAAGCAAGUAACGAAUUUCAUUAUUGUGCUACCUGUGGUCGAAGUACAGGUGUUCGACUUACAUUGUGUAAACGAUGUCAACAAGUAUACUUUUGCUCAAAAGCAUGUAAAGUGGCGGGAUGGAAUACUUUUCAUCGUUUGGACUGUGAAACACCAAAUCAGACGAGUUUAGCUGAACGACCAAUUACAACGACAAAGACUAUUUCAUCUAAGAAUCAAUUACCAAGCCUUCGUCCUAGUACUCAUCAAACCGAACUUACACAAUUUCAAAGCGUUGAUACUAGUGGAACACGUGCCGAGAAUUUUACAGCAUUGGAUAAUGUAUUAUUCAAAGAAAGUGUUUUCUCUCCUAAAACUCCGCAAAAUACGCAUAAUAAUGCACGAUUACCAAGACUUUCCGUUGCACAAUUAAUACGUCAGAAGCGAUUGAAAAAAAACGGAAAACUUGGUGGAAAUUUACCACCAACGUUGCCAGCUUCUUUACAAGGUGUUCCUUUAUCAUGGAAUAGUACAUAUAAUGCUCCGGAAAACUAUAGUUUCAAUUGA